AUGCGAGGGGACCCGGAAGCUUUAGAUUCCAAAAACACCAAGAGUAAAGCUGAUAAGAUCUUAAAUUUAGAUUUACUGGAAGCAGAAACUAAAGAACAAGUAAGCAAUUUAUUGGCUGAAUUGAAAGCAAAAGAUGAAG